UGUUACCUGAGGAAACUCGGUCUUGCUAAUUGUUGAUUCAGCUGGUGGGCACAGAGGCCAGGGUUACAGUCCUUAUCGAACCCGUGUUGUGCAGUUGUUCCCGUGACCUUGAGAUGCACUUUUGUACGUCACUUUGGAUAAAAGCGUCUGCUAAAUAAAUGUAAUGUAAUGUAAUGAUUCACAGGGCUGGCGUGUGAGUGGUGUCAUACAACAGGGGUGGAGGGCAGGUCGAAUUACUGUGAAAGGUUACGGCUGUCAUCGUUACGCUGAUGUAUGACGAUCCAGGUGGGACGUCCCAAUACGUGCCCGAGCGUGGGACGAACACAAAGCCUGCCCCGGUGCAUGAUGGGAGGCCUGGUCCGGCUCCCGUCCGUUAUGAAGAAGCGGCGGAAGCUUUGUUUUGGACACUGCCGUGGGGCUUGGGGGUGGAGACUGAACCCUUUUGUUCCCCGCCGGUCCGAGAUAUUUAAACUUGAGCCCCCCCGCCUCCCUCCCUCCCAGGAUCGCACGCACUCCAGGUGUGAGGGAGAGGACCGCGAGCAAACGUCCCGGCUACAGCGUACCCUUGGCGCUUUUUUGGGGAUCUUCACGAAGGUCUAAACACGAAAAAUGAAACAGGCGUAAUAAUCCUGUGAGUGUGUGCUGCUGUGUCCCUCCUUCCCUUCCGUGGGCUCAGAGAUCGAGGCGAAGGAGGCGUGUGAUUGGUUGAGGGCGGCAGGCUUCCCCCAGUACGCUCAGCUCUACGAAGAUUCGCAGUUUCCCAUCGACAUAUCUCCCGUGAAGAAGGACCAUGACUUUCUUGACAAGGACCUUGUCGAGCCUCUGUGCCGGCGGCUCAACACCUUGAACAAGUGCGCCUCUAUGAAACUUGACCUGAAUCUUCCGAAAAAGAAGAGCGAAGAUUCAGAUGAGGAAGACCUGCUCGCCAUCAGCGACAAAUGGACCUUUGAGUGGAGCAGCCGGCGCUGGUCCAGGCUGCAGGACAUCGACUGCUUCCUGGGUCAGGUGGAGGGCCAGGGCCCGGCGGGCGGGGUCGCCCUGCGGAACACGCCCAGCAGCGAGAGCGUGCUGACGGACCUGAGCGAGCCGGAGGUCUCCUCGCUGCACAGCGAGAGCAGCAGCGGCGGGGGCCGGUCCGACUGGGCCGCCAUGCCGGACUCCACCCCCCUCGCCCCGCCGCCGUCGCCGCCGCAGUACGGCUCGCUGCCCGCCAAGAACGGGCGGCACGGGCGCACGCGCGCCAAGGACUUCCUGCGGCGCAUGGAGGCGCUGCGUUCGCGGGUCCCGGCCGGGGCGGGUGGGGGGCGGCGCUCGCUGGUCAUCAGCGGGCCCGUCCUGCAGCAGGAGCCCCCCCCCGCGCUCCGGACGCUGCGCUGCGUGGACAUCGUCAACGGCGGGCCGGCGGGGACGGACUCCGCCCCCGACGACGGAGGCCCCGCCUCCCGGUCCGGCAGCGACGGGGGCAGCGAGGGGAGCGCGCCCGGCCCGAAGGACCGGCGGGCGCUGCGGGCGCUGCACAAACGCAGCGGCAUGUACCUGGAGGACCUGGACGUGUUCGGCGAGGGAGGGGGCGGGGACGGGGGCGGGGUCGGGGGCGGGGACGGGGACAUCUUCGCCCAGGGCAGGAACGUGGCCGAGCACAACCGCAGGAAUGAGUUCCGCUCGUACGAGGACCUGGUGGUGCACGUGCCCAAGGACCACAAGCCCGGAACCUUCCCCAAGGCCCUGUCCAUCGAGAGCCUGUCGCCCACCAACGGCGCCUCCGUCAACUGGCACACGGGCAGCGUGUGCCUGGACUCCCGACGCCCGCCCAGCCUCCGCGAGCCGCGCCCCCCCCCCGCCCAGUGCUGCCCGCGGGGCAGCCGCAUCAGCGUCUACGACAACGUGCCCGGCUCGCACCUCUACGCCAGCACGGGCGACCUCAUGGACCUGGAGAAGGAGGACCUCUUCCCCCACCUGGACGACAUCCUGCAGCACGUCAACGGGCUGCAGCAGAUCGUGGACCACUGGUCCAAAAACGUGCUGCCGGAGGGCGAGGGGGAGGGGGAGGGGGACGGUGAGGGGGAUGGCGAGGGGGACGGCGAGGGCGAGGGGGAGGGGCUCACCUUGCAGUCCUCCAGUCAGAUCACGCUGGACUUCGAGGGGAACUCGGUGCUGGAGGGACAGACCACGCCCAGCGACGGGGACCGGGACGGGGUGUCCCUAAACGAGACGGACUCCAGCGGGAUGAGGGACAGGAGGGACUCGGGCGUCGGAGCCUCCCUCACGCGGCCAAACCGGCUACGGUGGCCCAGCUUCCAGAUGUCCAAUCGCCUCAGCCACUCAGUGGUCUCCCUGCAGAUCACCAACCAAUCAGCCGGCCAGCUCAGCCUGCUGCAGAAGUUCUCUCUGCUCCGCCUCACCGCCAUCAUGGAGAAGUACUCCAUGUCCAACAAGCACGGCUGGACCUGGUCCGUGCCAAAGUUCAUGAAGAGGAUGAAGGUGCCGGACUACAAGGACAAGAACGUUUUCGGGGUGCCCCUCAUCGUGCACGUCCAGCGCUCGGGCCAGCCCCUCCCCCUCAGCCUGCAGCAGGCCCUGCGGUACCUCCGCAGCCAGUGUCUGGACCAGGUGGGGCUGUUCCGGAAGUCGGGGGUGAAGUCCCGGAUCCAGGCGCUGCGGCAGAUGAACGAGAGCUCGCCGGACAACGUGGCCUACGAGGACCAGUCUGCGUACGACGUGGCCGACAUGGUGAAGCAGUUCUUCAGAGACCUGCCCGAGCCGCUGCUCACCAGCAAGCUGGGGGAGACCUUCCUGCACAUCUACCAAUACGUUCCUAAGGACCAGAGGCUGCAGGCGGUGCAGGCUGCCAUCAUGCUGAUGUCCGACGAGAACAGGGAGGUGCUGCAGACCCUGCUCUGCUUCCUGAGCGAUGUCACCUCCUCCGUGGAGGAGAACCAGAUGACGCCCAUGAACAUCGCCGUGUGCCUGGCGCCCUCGCUCUUCCACCUCAACAUCCUGAAGAAGGACAACCUGUCGCCACGGGCCAUGCAAAAGAAGUACGCCACGGGCCGGCCUGAUCAAAAAGACCUGAAUGAGAACCUGGCAGCGACACAGGGGCUGGCCCACAUGAUCAGCGAAUGCAACCGGCUCUUUGAGAUCCCUCACGAGAUGGUGACGCAGUCGCGGAACUCGUACGUGGACGCGGACCUGCACCCGCCCACGCUGGAGGAGCUGUGCAAGCAGCUGGAGGAGGACGACGGGUCCUACCUCACCCACACGGACGGGCUGGUCCAGGGCCUGCUGAAGGAGGCCAGGGACAGGUCCAAGGGCUGGGUGUCCCGCCCCAGCACCGACAGCACCGAGCUGUCCUACAAGAAGGUGGGUGACGGGAACCCCCUGCGGCGCUGGCGGGUUUCGGUGGAGGUGGAGGCCCCGCCCUCGGUGGUGCUGAACCGCGUGCUGCGAGAGCGCCACCUGUGGGACGUGGACCUGCUGCAGUGGAAGGUUCUGGAAACGCUGGACAAGCAGACGGAGGUGUACCAGUACGUCCUCAACCGCAUGCCCCCCCACCCCAGCCGCGACUUUGUGGUGCUCAGAUCGUGGCGGACGGACCUGCCCAAGGGCACGUGCGCGCUGGUGUCCGUCUCGGUGGACCACGAGGAGUCCCCGCCCCUGGGCGGGGUCCGGGCGGUGGUGCUGGAGUCCCAGUACCUCCUGGAGCCGUGCGGCUCGGGGAAGUCUCGGCUCACACACAUCUGCAGGGUGGACCUCAAAGGGAGGACUCCAGAGUGGUACAAUAAGGCCUUCGGUCACCUGUGUGCUGCUGAAGUAGCAAGAAUCCGGAACUCCUUCCAUCCACUGACCUCAGAGGGUCCAGAGACCAAAAUCUGAGCCCGUCCCCCCCUCCCCCUCCACUCCCCCCACACCCCCACACCCCCCACACACCCCACACACCCCACACACGCAGGGAUGGAGCUGAGACCAGUGCCCCUGGACAGAGCUGCAGCGUCCGGAGUGCAGAGGUGAAGAAACUGUGUGAAGUGAAGGAGAAACUCUCCUCCAUUUUUUAAUACAUGGACAAAGUGAGACUCUCCGCCCCCCCUCCUCCUCCCCCUGUCUCACUGGUGCUGGACAACCUCCUUGCCAGGGGAACCCAAAUUACCCUGACCUUCACUCUUCAUUAGCUAUAGCGGUCUUUGUUGAUAACAGAUAUUAUUAUUAUUAUUGUUAUUAUUAUUAUUAUAUUAAUGUAAUAUGUUUUUCUGUUAUCUUUAUUAAUGUUAUUGUAGCCAUUUGGUGUAUAUCGUAUUCUACAAUGUCUAAGACAUUUACAGAUUUAGUGCUUCUGGGAAGCUUUCAUUUUCCUCAUGUUAAAUAUAAAGCUAUAUAUAAAUAUAUAUAUGAAGUGUAUGUAUGUGUGUGUGCCUGUAUAUAUUUGUGUGUACAUAUGUGUAUACGUAUAUACAUACAAACUGUACAUACUGUAUAUAUGACAAAGCUUAAUUGGCAGAGUCAUCUGCAUCUUUACCUAUGACAUUUUGUGUUAUCGUAACUGUUACCGUAUUCCAAGUUGUGCGAAACGAUGUGAUAUUGUAAGCUGGUUUUACUACAGUGUGUCCCUUUUGUUUCUGUUUGUGUCUGAACGUGUGUAAUUUAAUUUGACUUGUGCCCCGUGUUUUGAGGGUGAAAAUAUUUCGACUCAGGUUUGACUUUCCAUACCUGCUUUGAUUAAUAGUACUGGACUACACUGAGCAGAGCAGUGCAGUGUGUCAGAGACCUUUUUUAAUGAAGCGCAUUAAAAAGAAAAACAUUUCUUUAAAAAAAAAAAAA